AUGACCAGCCACGCACUCCUGCAAGCAUUCAAGGCCUCCAAGCCCGCAUUCGGCGCAUGGAUCACUUUACCAGGCGUGUUGAACGCACGUGCGGUCGCACAAGCCAGCCCACACCUCUCAUGGGUAAUGAUAGACUGCGAACACGGUCUCACAUCGCUCCAGCCCGGCGCUGCAGAAUCUAUCCAGGCUAUUACCGGUCUUGGACCUAACGCGCCGAGUCCACUCGUGAGAAUCCCAGCCACGGGAUUCAGCAAUAGUACGUCGUGGCAAAUCAAAUACGCGCUUGAUGCAGGCGCACGCGGCGUGCUUGUUCCUAUGGUCUCCACUGCUGAGAAGGCGAGAGAGAUCGUAGCCGACAGUCGAUUCCCUCCGGGAGGCCGUCGCGGCUUUGGAAGUCCAUUCACUCAUGGCGUCUGGAGCAUUAAUGCCGCAGAGUACAUCAAAUCUGCCAAUGAAAAUGUAGUUAUUAUGAUACAAAUUGAAACGAAGGAGGGCGUGCAAAAUGUUGAUACCAUCGCCGCUGUGGACGGUAUUGAUUGCUUAUUCAUCGGUCCUUGGGACCUUUCCCUGUGCUUGGGAUACCCUCCCCCCUCUCCCGACCCACACCCUGACGUGGAAAUUGUCAUCCAAGAUAUCCUCAAAGUUGCACACAAGGAAGGAAAGAAAUGCGCAAUUUAUUGCACCUCGGGAAAGCAGUCCCUGAAACGUGUUGAGGAAGGCUUCGACAUAAUCAAUGUCGCUUCUGACAUUGGCGCCAUGACUGAAUCGGUGGCAGCAAACCUUAUCGCUGCAGUGGGCGGAGAAUCCGGAGCUGCAGCAUUCCGAUACUAA